AAACUCAAAAUUAAAAGUUAAAAAGCGAAGAUGUUUUUAAAUUUAUUGAAAUGACCGACACGAAGGCUACAAAAGCUACACAAACAGAGGCUCCGAGUGCAAGUAGUUGGAAGAGCACUAGCCAGGAAAACGUAGACAUAGAAGAAAUGCGUGCCAUGGUGCAUCGUAUGUUUAAUAAUAUCAAAAACCCAGCGGAGAAGAGAAAAGAUAUUCGCAACAUUGCAAAUUUAUUUAAUAUCACUCAACGUGAGUUGAAGCAGAUCUUACAGCUGCCAAAACCCUCGAAACCACUAAAACGCCAAAAAUCAACAUCAAGUGAGGGAAGUGACUGUGACUGCAGUUACUGUCAACGCUGUGAUAGCGAAAUAAGAAUAAAACCCUCUGGUAGGAAAGUUAAAAAAAGAACACCUAAAAAGCGCCCGAAGAAGAAAAAAUGCGCUUCUCGGUACAAGGCCACCUCUAAAAUGAAAAAGAAACGAAAGACUAAACGUAAAUGAAAUUGAAUGAUGUGUCUCCUAUGGUGUACUUCAUGAGGACGUAUCUCUAUGACGAUAUUUACAUUCUGAAGAUUAUCGAAAUGAUAGUGAUGUAUAGUGAUGUAUGGCCAUAUGAACACCAUCCUCUUUGACUUUAUUCGAUUUUGAUUCUCUUCUUUUAGACAAUGACAUUCACCGAAAAUAGCGGUAGAGAGCGUUGUCUACAAUUGAAAAUUCCAACUUGAAAGUCUAUGGAAACUUCUUAUUUAGGCAUUCAUUGGAACUAUUUGCCUAGUUUCAUUGUGACAAAUUAUACAGUUAAUACCUUGAAAUUAGAAAGUUCACUAUAUAUCAGUUUGGAAUUACAUGGAAUGUGCCUGUCUAGAUUAAAUGAUAAGAUAUAUAUUUUAGUAUUUCAAAAAAAGUUUUUUCAAUAUUUGAUUAUUUUAUGUACAGAAUGAAAAACUAUCUGCACUAUAUGUGGACCUAUUUGCCAUGGUUUCAUUUCUUAAUAA